AUGAUUUCUGUCGAUUUGGAAGCGGGAUCAUCGAGAACUAUGGCCCCUUAUGUUACUAACACAAAGAAAUUAGCCGUGUGCUUUCUUGGAGUAUUUGUAUCAUAUUUUGUCUACGGACUUUUACAAGAAAAGAUGUAAGUAUACGUGAAAAAAAUACGAAUACAGGUGAUACAAUAUAGCAGAACAGUUUGUCCCAGCUGUGAGAGAAUCGUGAAGUUGUGAGUCGUAGUUUACAAAGCGUUGAAAUUACGAUUAUUCUAUGUUAUCUAUUCUAUGGUGGGAUUAUAUUUUGCGCUCAGGACAUAUAAGGUCCUUUCGGUGAUUCGUUGGAAACAUUUAACAGGCUGCUUGUAUCCGAGCAGCCAAAAUGUGGAUACCCAAAGCGACCCGCAGUGUUACAUGAACACACUGAUGAACAUCAUAAGCUUACUUAAAAAAAUAAAGUUAUCGAAAGGGAUUUUAAAAAGAAGAAGAAAAGCAUGCUUACAAUCAAUUGAAAGAGACGCCAUGAAGGAUCGAAAGGUACAAUAUUAAAUGGUCAGAAGCUUGAAUCAUAUUGAGGUUAACAUAUUCGUCUUGAAAUUAUUUUUCUUCACAAGUGUUAGCGUGUUUGAUCCCUGACUCUCCAGAAAUUUCCAUCACCUGAGAACUUAUUCCAAAGCGAUGGAAAUUAUCUUAAUCAUUUGUUUUCAUGUUGUUAUUGGCCCUCUAUGCUUUGUUUUUUUAAAUUAAGGCCAGGGUAACAAGGUUCCCAUUUUAGAGUAAUAAGGUCUCAUAUGUGUCUCAUGUGUGAUUUCACGGUCAUGUCAAAUUAUUCUAGUAUCCGGGAAAUGAAAGAGUAUAAAAUAAUGUGCAAGUAGUUUGCAGAUUCAGGUCUGUGUGAUUUUUCAUGUGCAUUGACAAGAUUUAAAGAGAAAUGUUAAAUGGACCAAAAUUAAAAGAACUUUGUUACAACUUAUUGUGGGUAUCCCUUGAAGGGGCAUCAUAAUAUGGGGACUGGAAACUAGCAGAAAAUCUGUCAUUUAGUUUGGCUAUGAAAAUGUGAAGUUAUCACUUAACCCUGGGAAAUUUUACUGUCUGACUAUAAUUAGAGCCAAACCCACCCCAAACACUCCUUUUAAGUCAAACACUUCGCGGCCUUCUGUUGCAGAUGCAUUAUAUCAGCUUCCAAAGUUCAGGCAUGGUCAGAUUGAAAGCAAAAUAAUUUCAAGACAGUCUUUGGGUUAAAAGUGAAAUAGCAGUCUUGAUAUUUAACUUUCCCUUUCCCUCCUUUUUUGCUUUUCGUGGUUGUUAAAACUUCUGACGUCACAAGUGGUGCAAGGCACAUGGAUCAGCGCUGGCAGUUCGGGGCAAAUGUGUUAAGGAGAGCUCUCACUAGCCCAACUGAUAGUUCCACCUACAUGAAGGCCUGGGUCAUUGGACACCAUCUUUGUCAUGCCCUGAAUUUUGCACUUACACUCAAAUUCAGUUACUAUGGAGCAACACUUUUACAAUAACUUUGCUCCUGCUAUGUUUUUCAGAACAAAAGCAAAUUAUGGUGAAGAGAAAGAAAAAUUUGUCUAUGCCCUUUCACUGGUAUUUAUUCAAUGUAUCAUAAAUGCAGUAUUUGCUAAAGCAGGUAAUUUUCAUUUUCCGUUGGUUUUUAAUCAUUUAUAUAAUUAUGUAGUUUAAUUGUAUAGCAGAUGUUUAUGCCAGGAAAUCACCAGUGGAUAUAUACAGGGUUUGUACAGAGUCUUAACUUCUUGAAAAUGUCUUGAAAUUUGCAAAGCAAUUUUCCAGCCCUGGAAAAAGUCUUGAAAAAUGGUAAAAAGUCUGGAUUUUUUUUUGUUUUCUUUUUCAACGUUACAACAAGUGCUUAACAAGUCAAUUUUUUUUUUAAUUGGUCAAAUCCCAUUCAAUCUUGCUCGUAGCCAAGACAAUCACAGAAUGAGAAGUUUCAUAAUUCUCUUAUGUCUGCAUUGCAUCGUGGUUAUCAUAAGUUUGCAUUGCAUCCUGAAAAAAAAGCCUGGUUCCUGCAUUUUUCAAGGUCUCUGUUGAUCAUAUAAUUAUUUGUUAACCUUGAGUCUGGGAAAAUAAGCUGUUGUUUUGGAAAUAGUCUGGAAAAAGUCUUGAAUUUUGGAUCCAAAAUUCUGUACGUACCCAGUAUAUACAAGUGAUCCUGCAGAAGGCACUACUCUCUCAUUGGGACUUGGGGAAGCCUUCGUUCCCAACCCAGGCAAAAUUAUUAUUGAACAAUAAUUGUUCAAUUUUACAUUCCAAAUUUACCCGACUGAGUCAGUCCUUUUCCCCAAAAACGGGGUGUCUGUAGGACACCCUGAUGCUUAUUUGGCCUAGCCUGGGGGUAAACUGACUCCAUUUGGGAGAAUAUGAUGAGAAGUUGUCAACAAGUGGUGUGUGAAAGGAGAUGCAAGAGCAAGAUGUUGGGGAAGAAAGGAGAGCUUGCAAAAAUCUUGUAAACAGUGGGAAACCAAAAAGCAUAGCAAAUUUCUUUAUUUUUACCACGUGACAUGAUAUGGACCUAUGAUGUAUAAACUCAGCUCACAAAAUACACAUCUAAAUAACACUUUCAUUUCUAGAGUGAAAGAUGUAGUACUGAAAGAGGGCUCUAACUUUUGGGUCUGUGGACAGAAUAGUCUGCAGUUUGACCAUUUAAGUUAAACCUACUGGUAUGUAGUAGCUGAUACUUUCACAUUCACUGUUUGUUUUUAGCAUGUCACAAAUAGUGAAAUUUAGAAUUUGUUUGACUAUUUCUGAGAAUGAAGGAGUUAAGCAAAUACUGUAAAUCCUCUAUUAAGCCCCCCCUCUCAAAUAAGCACCUUCUCUCUAAUAAGCCCCCCCUCUCUAUUAAGCCCCCCUCAAAAGUGCUUGGAAAAAAAUAAGCCCCUUGGGGGGGCCUAAUAGAGGAUUUACAGUAGAAGAAAAGAGUCGAUGAAGAAAUAAUUUUAAUACAUUUAUAUAUUAAGGAUAAUUUACUUAAUGAGUAAUGAUGUCAUCUUUGCAGUGCUAAAACUCACUUACAAAGAAAAUGAGGCCAAAGAUACAACUCCAUUUUGCUGGUAUGGAAUCUGUGCUACCACAUAUAUUGCUGCAAUGUUAGCCAGCAACAAAGCUCUACAGUGGGUCAAUUAUCCAACACAGGUUGGUUUAAAUAUUAUUAUAGACUUUAUUUGAGUUUGAAAAUUAGUUUAAUGCUAUUUCCUCAGUCAGCUGAUCUUGACACACUUCUCUUACUCUUUAAAUACAUGUACAUUGUGCGCAGAACAGAGAGUAGCCUGAAUUUCAGCACAAGUAGCAAACUCCUGUAAGAGGUGAUGUCUGUCUUAGGAGUGUGUGAAAUUCAGGCCCUGGGUCCACACUAAUGCAUUUAGUUUUGGGGGAUCUUGUCUCCUUCCCCAAUUGAAGCCCAUACCUUUUGUCCUUGCUUAUAGUAACUUGGCAAAUGGUAGUUAAUUUUUUAUCUCAGGUAGUUUUUAUUUUUCCUUUGUUUCAACUUCAUUAGCAUACAUUACCAUACCCAAAAACAAAAGACAAAAAAAAUUAGCUGAGAUAAAAAAUUAAUUACAACUGCGGUCACACUUUUUCCUGACUCUAUGCCUGUUAGUAUUGACUGUUAGAACUUGUGUUAUUGUUCGAGAAUUCCUUAAUGUAUUUUACUAAUAAUUGGAAGCAAGAGUACGAGUAUGAGGGUGUGAACACUUACAGUUUUGAAAAAGAUCGUACUGACUAAUAGAGUAAUGACACAGCAUAAAAAUUUUCUUGAAUAGGAUUGCAGCUAAAGAAAGUUUAGAUUAAGGUCUUUUUCAAUUAUGUUUAAAAUGUCUAACUACUCUGACAGAGUGACAUUCAGAACAUACAAGAUUUUUCUCACUGAUCACUGUGUGUCAUUGUUGUUUAUUUUCAGGUUUUAGGGAAAUCAUGCAAGCCAAUUCCAGGUAAAGCCAUUUUAUUUUAUUUUAUUUUAUUAUUAUUUUUUUAUUUUAUUUAUUCCUCCAAUUCCUAGCUGAUACAUAGUUAUGUAAAUAUAAAGCCAUGUUUCAGUUGUCUUGAUAUUACACAAGUCAGACUAAAGCUUGUGUUGUUAAUGGUAACAGGACACUUAAAAUUAAAGAAAAAAGUGUUUAGAGUGAAAAAAAGAGUGAUCAAUCACAACAAAGAUUAGGAUGCACUGGCAGACUGUAAAACCACAUUAAUUUGAACUAUAAAACUGCUUGCAGUUUUAGUUUUCACAUACAUUUACUGGAUUAGCUUUUUCCUUGCAGUUGUCAUUUCAGAAGUAUUAAUUUACUUUCUGUUUUUCACAGUUUUCUGAGUCACAGUAAAUUACAGUUAAACCACCAUUAAGCGGCCACCCUCGGGGUACCAGCAAGUACAAGGGACCGCUUAAUGGAGGUUGGCUGCUCAAUAGAGGUGAUCGUAUCAGCAUAAUCUUUAGCAGAAACAUCACUUUAUUUUUAAACAAACGCACUACGAAAGAAGCCUUACUGGUCCUAAAUCAGUUGUCCCCUUCUAUCUUGGACUGUGUUUUCCAUGUAAUAUUCCUUUGCAGCAUGCGAGAAAUUACCAUGCUUGGUUGCCUUCCAUAAUCUUUCCAAAAUAUGGUAAUGUUGAAGAAAGGGAGAAAACAAUAGUUAAUAGAUUACAGAAGGUAACAAAGCACGGUAAAUUUUAGUGCUUCAUAGGAAUUUGAUGUUGUGCUAAACUCGAGAGAAUAGGAAAAGAAUCUCAAAGCAAAUCCAAAUCUAACACAUCACGUCAAUAUGUACUCAAUUUGGGCCUACAUUAGGCAACUUAAAAUGUUUAAAUGGACAUGAAAAUCAGGCAUUUUAUACUACACUGAUCAAUUGCAGCACUGAAAUUUUGGUUUAAUCGCUGUUUUCGUGAAAGUAGUCGUACAAAAUUACAAAAAGAGCACAGUAUUGCAUUUUACCUUGAUUCACAUGUUUUCCGAAAUCGCUCGAGUCUUCUUGGGCUUAGCCAAUUGUAAAGUGUAUAAGGGUCAUUUAACAAAAGGUUACAAACGCAGCACUUGGUGGGAAUUAUAAUCUUCUGAUACACUGCUGGGCUCGGAUGCGAGGAAUUCAUAUAGGUUAACUUAGUAACUUUAUAAUUUUCUCUUUAACGUUCCAUAUUAAUUUUCUGUAACCGUUAUAUAUCCUGUUUGAAUAAUACUUGAAGAAACUGUUUUAUAAGUUGAUAAACAUGCCUAAAACAAAGACUAGAUCACUGCGGAAGAGAGAGCUAAUCCAGUAUGACAGGACUUGUCAACGGUCAAUUAAAAUAAUAUUAGUAUAGAAAAAACUUGUGCGUUCCAUAAGUCUGCAUAGAAAAAACAUUUUUCUUUUGGAGGUUUUUUUAAAAAAGAAAGCUCUUGAUGAGCUUAAUCAUUUAAAAAUUGGAAAUUUCGAAAAAUGAUGAUUUUUUUUUUUUAAUACCUGGAUGAUACCUUAAUGGAGGUUUAAUUUUGUUUUUAAUUUUCUACCAAAUGUUAUUUUGGGACUUUGAUUACUGGCCACUUAAUGGAUGUUCAACUGUAAUAUACAUUGUAGUGAAUAUUAUUAUCAGAUCUUAAAUGUGUUGACCCUUAUAUUAAAAGGGAAUCAAUUCAAUGUAAUUUUUUGGCCUACAUGUAUUUUUUUUCCUUUGUCUUUUUUUUUAGUUAUGAUUCUUGGAGUUCUAUUGGCAAAGAAAAAGUACCCACUUAUAAAAUAUAUGUGUGUAUUGCUUAUCGUCUGUGGGGUAGCUUUAUUCAUGUACAAGGAGGUGAGAUAUGUCCAAAUGUUAUUUUAAGACAGAAUCCAUUAGGAAAUUGAGUAAUUUUAAUUUUCAGUGAACAAAAACCUUGUACCAGAAUGAUUUCAAUAAUACUGGAUUCUUUUUUACACUUUUCAAGGGCUAUAAAAUAGAAAAGAUUCUCUUUGGAGUUAUUUAUUACAUUUAUAGCCCUUGAAAAGUGUAAAAAAGGAUGCAAUAUGGCUUAAAAUAUUGUUACAAGGUUUUUAUCCACUGAAAAUUAAAAUUACUCAAUUUCCUGAUGGAUUCCAUCUUUAAUUUAAUAUGUAGUGUUGUUAUCAUGGUUUUAUUGAUGGGGUUUGUAAAAGACAUACAUGGCCCUCAUGUGCAAAGAAAAAAUGUAAUUAUUAUGAUUACUUUCAACAAGAACAGUAACAUUGAACCUGUCCUUUGCCUUUGUUUGGUUUCCUUGUUGGUGGCAUCCGUGGAGACCCAGGGGCGGUCGGUCAGGGCCGGAAUAACGGUGGCGAAAGUUUUCAAGAAAGAGCUCAGUCAAAUGUUUGUCUCUGAUUGGACACAAAAAAAUUACGUUUUGUGCCCAUUCAGAGGCCAGCAUUUAUCGUGCUGCUCUUGUGAUCUUCUUAUAUGAAGAAGUUUACCUGCAAACUCGACUAUUUGCACCUGUCUGGCUCGUGUACGAGAACUUUCUUUGAGAAGAGUUUUCAGUGAAAGUGGGGCCCACAAAACCUAAGAAAUUCCAUAAUUUAGCAGGCUCGCAAAGCAAAACAAAACAAAAAUUUCACCAAAUGAAGAUAUCAGACUGUGGACUGAUCAAAGGUAAAUUCGCUAACACCAGACUACAUUUCUGAGGAUGUGUUGGUGGACACCAAACAAUCUUUGAAGUUUGAUUUAAAAAUAACUGGCACAUCUUUAAUGCAGCCACACUGUACAUGUUCUUGUGACCUUUCCUUUGAUGCCUGUAUUAAAGAGGUUCAGGUGGACAUUUGAACAUAAUAUAAUUUGCUGGGUAUAGUUUCCUUUGUUUUUUCAUUGCUCUGUUUUUGUUCCAGAAUAAGAAAAAAGUUUCAAACACCAGUGAUGGAUGGAUUGGAUUUGGAGAAAUUCUUCUUGUGAGUUUUUGUAGUCACAAUUUUUUUUAAGGGGCUAAUUUAUAAAUUCAGGGCUCGAAAAAAAAUUCCAGCAUGUCCUUUGGAUAAGCAGUUCUCUCAUUUUGCUUGCCCUGGGCAAUUACUUCAUUGCUUCAGUGGUUCCUUUAAUCAUGUACAAAAUGGUCCAGUAGAGUUGAGAUGGUGUCAAACAAAGUUUAUUAGGGAGCAUUAUGAAAAUAAAAAUAUUUUGGUGAUUUUUGCAGGCAGAGCAUUAAAACUUAAAAAAGGUUUUUUCAAGUUUCAAUCCAUGUCUAUUGUUGCCAUUCAUUGUUACAGAUGACAGUGGCGAGAAUCAAUUUCUAAAAUAAUUAUAGUCUUGAAAAACAAAUUUCAAGUUGUUGGGUAAAUACAGCAAGUAGGUGGGGAGUCAAACAGCCAGAGACUUCUUUUGGUUCUAUUUUUCUUCUAUUUUCUCAUGAAAGUAGGCGGGGGCCACGUUCUCGGUAGCCUGGGGAAAUCCUUGGCCCCUUCCUCUUAAUGACAGCCAUGUGUUUAGAAUUCAAUGAUGGAAAAAAGUUUUAGAUUUUUAAAAGGAGAGGAAAUAGCCUGACUUACGUGUAGCCCCUUUAAGAAACAGCAAUUGAUAUGUCAUGAUUUCAUAAGUAAGUCUGUAUAAGAGUGUAAUUCGGAAGGCUGAUUCAAGUUUAAUGGAAAGGCUAGGUUGCCCAUUCAAGGGUCUGAUGUAUUUUUGUGGCUGGUAUUUUCUCCUUCAGUGGGUCUGGGAACAAAGUUUGUGAAUGUACAGUCGUUAUGUUUUAACAGGUUUUCUUCUCUUUCAACACACCUCGACAUAUUUGUAAUUGUCACAAAGUUGUAGUUUUGUUAUAAUCACUAAACCUGAAUAUCUAUGUGGAGGUGAGGGUAGAUAGUCAAAAAUACUAAAGCAAGCAGUCUGAACUGCCGCCAUAAGACAUACAGCCCCUUUAAAGAGAAUAAGAUACUGGUCUGCACUCUUCAUGACUCUUAAGUGGUUUUUCAAAGAGUUAGUUAAGAAAAUUUAAAGGUUAAAGGUUUGUUUACAGUGAAAAGUGCACCUAGCUUAUCCAGCUUAUGUGCAGGAACUCCACUCAAAUACUUAGAAACAAAUAAUCCAAAUAGAGCAUAAAAGGAUUAAAAACCCCAACUGGUAGGAGGCAACCAGUUGGCUAUUUAGCAGCGUGGCCAAGAAACUUGGGACAACCGAGAACAAAUCCAGCAAGUGGCCAGACAGGGACUCAAACCCAUGGGCCCGUUUCUCGAAAGCCCCGAUAAUUAACGGGUCCGUAAAGCUGUUGUUGUUUACAUUCAAGAUAGAGUUCAAUAGUGUUGCAUCAAACAUGAUAAAACUAUCAGUUAGUGAAACAAAAUGGAGUAGUUUGCUAGCCAGCACCCAAGCCCUUAUUCCUUAUAUUUCGAUUUGAAUAUUUGAUUUCGCGCCCAAAAAGUUACCUGGACUUUCGAGAAACGUGCCCCAGGACCGCCGGAUUGACCACUCGGUCACGCUGCCUCCUAGACUGCAAAACAGUCCGUAUUUUUGCGUAUUCAAGUACGCGCGAGCAGUCAAACGAGGCUGAAAACGGGCCCUACGGGCGUGUGAGGCUCGCGCGCUUUGCGCGCGUAAGACUCUUACGCCACGCUUUACCGAUUUCUUUACUGAUUUUGAGAAAAAAACCGACUGUUUUGCAGUCUAGCUGCCUCCAAGUACAACAAAAUGAUUUAAAAAUAUAUUAAUUUCUUGGCAGUUGGUAUCUUUGACAUGUGAUGGAUUAACAGGAGCAGUUCAAGACAGAAUGAGAGCGGAACAUCAUGUUCAAUCACAUCACAUGAUGUUCAACAUGAAUCUCUGGUCAAUCGGCAUCUUGGCCAUCUGUAAGUUUAGCUGCUUUCUUUUUAUUAUGAUACUUUGAAAGGAGAGUGCCUUUGUUUAAGUUGGGUAACCCUGUCGACACUGCUGAUAUCCAUGGGGUACCUGUGUGACUUUCUAUGACCUAUGUAACUGUAUGCCUCGCUUACUUGCGUGAAGCCCGAAACCUACAUGUAAAAAUUAAUAGCAAGGCAUGUGUUUGAAUGCUUCAAAAUAAGAAAAGAGAAUGAAGGCAAAAAGUAGAUUAAAAUAUCUGUCUGCAUGUCUAUGAUAUGUAUGUAAUUAUCUCUACUGUAAUCACAUGCUAUCUGGCAUAAGACCCCAAAUAAAAUAUUGUCUCUUGUCUGUUGUGAAAAGACAUAUCAUUACCAGCUAUUUUCAUGGAGGAGCUCACUCUGCAUCUAAGUGUAGGAGAUUAGCUGUUAGUGAUCUGAUCUUUUGGGGCAACAAGUUCUUAUUAUGAAUAAACUAUAUGAGAACUAUGGGCCUAAAUGUCUUCUUUUUGUUCGGGAAGGCUGGUUCCACUCAGUCAGCACGCGCUCUCUCGGUUGUGUAUAAAAGUGGGAGUGAGACCUGUGUACAGGGAGUUGGGACUGGGGGACACGAGAUGAGGGACUUGAGGAUGUUGAGUUGGAAGCUUAAGCAACAACGACCGCGGCGGCUACGAAAACGUCACUUGAAAAGUGAUGCCCCCCUGCUUUAAACUUCAUCGCGCAUAUUGCAUGUCGUUCAAUUCGUCAAAUAUUAGCAAUUUUUUCUGGAGUUGAGUUCUAAAAAACUUUAUCGAAGUUCAGGAAAAGAAGAAGAAAGUCGUUGUCUUGAGUUCACGUCGUUCACAAAACGUGAAAUUAGGCAUUUUCGCGUCGUAGUCGUGCAGUGACGGUAAAGGAAUGUACUAAAAAGCGUGAUGCACGUAGAAAGUUGUUGUUUUGCCAAUUUAAACCAAUUGCUUUUUUGCCGUUCUCGUUGACGUCGCCGCUGUCGUUGCUUAGUAAGUUCUCUAUCCUAGUAACAGGACCCGAGGACCCGAGGACCCGAAAUAUGGGUCGCGGGGACGUGAAAUACUGGACUCGGGCACGCGAGGUGAGGGGCUUGGGGAUGUUGAGUAACAGGACGCGGGAACCCGAAAUACAGGACGCGGGGACGGGAGAUGAGGGACUUGAGGAUGUUGAGUAACAGGACGCGGAGACGCGAAAUGAGGGACUUUAGGACGUUAUAAAGUAACCGGAGAUAUGGAACACGACGAAGCGAAAUACAAGACACGAACUGCAGAAUACCGAUAUGAACCGGCCGGCCCCACCUUGGGGCAUUUGCAGUUUUUCCAAAAAAAUAAUUGACAAAUGCCCCGGGGAUUAUUAACGCUUGGAAUUGACUGAGCCAUAAUUCCUAUGUCUAUGUUAUCAUUAGCGAGUUUCGAUAAACUUUGAAAGUUCACAGCUCACUUUGACAUAUAAACCUUUUUAUUGAGAUGUAAACUAAAAGCCAUUGAUAAUGGGAACUAUAAAAAACCUAUACAAAUCGAUUUAAGACGACAUAAUAACUGUACGCAACCCGUAUUUUAUUGAAGGUGUUCCGAAUACGGGUACACCGUAAGGAGUUAAAGUACCUUAUUACAUGAAAUUUUGGCGACACGUUAAUUUAGCAAUUUUGAAAAUUCCCUAUUUAGCGGCACUUUAAUUUAGCGAUUUUUCGUUAAUUUUGAAACAUAAGUCACUUAAUUUUCGUGCUUUCAAUACCCGACUGAAACCUUGGCGAAUUAAGGUAUUAAAAACUUUUACGAAGACAAUAGAGGCCGUCGAUAAAAUCCGGAACAUGGAACAUUCGGAACAUUGUUUUAUCAUACCCGGAGAUGAUAUAAAAUUUCUUUGUCUUUCGGUUUUUUGUUAUUUUACGUUAUUAUUAAUUUUUAUAAAAAUUGUUUUAUUAUUAUUAUUAUUUUAUUUAUUUAUUUUCAUGAAAAUGUUUUUUUUUUUCAUGUUCCGGGAUGUUCCGGAAUGUUCCGGCAUGUUCCAGAAUGUUCCAUGUUCCGGAUUUUAUCGACGGCCGAUAAAAUCAUAAAUGUGAAUAGCUUCAUUUUUAUCAAAAUCAUGCAAGCGUUCUGAAACUUAAUUUUGAACGAAACAAACGAAACUGCGACUGGAAUGUCAUGUCUUAAAACAUAAAGUCAAUGAUACAUUCAUAUAUUCGUAUUUUCAUGUACCGAAAAUUUCCCAAUAUUUUCUCGAAGAAUAAAGAAAUACGAUAACUAAACCCACCCACUAGUAAGAGUAUAUGUAUUUAUCUUGUGCGUGCCGAGCGAAGGGUAGCGUGACGAAUCAAAUAACGGCCGCAUGUAGCAUAAUCAAUCACACAACUCAUACCAUACAUGCACUCAGCUUCUUUGCAUUCUGCAUGGCUGAUCGAACGAUUUGCCGUUUUGGCAUCUGAAGAAACAUGAAAGUUAUAUGCGCGGGAUAAAGCAAGACUGGUACGUCCUCCAUGGCAAAAGCCUUACAAAUCCUUGGAUUUUCAGUCUUUGACUGCAAUGAACAUCUCGCAGGGGCACCCAACGACAAUUUUCGGAAAAAUAUCUGUUCGGAAGACGAUUUGAGAUCUAGAAUUUUCGGAACGUUUGUUGUAAAAUUUCUUGCUUGCCUGCCUCUCCUAGGAUUUUCUAACAUCUAAAAAAUGGUAUAAUUACCUAUUUUUAACGUAUUUUUAUCCUAAAAAGGUCACCUAGAAUUUUCGGCAGCCUUUUUUCUGGCUGAAAUUUUCGAAAAGGCGAGUUUUGAUCCCUAUAAUUUUCGGAUCACUAGACUGUCAGCUAGGAAAUCCGAACAGAUGAAAAGUUUUUAGAGGAUAAAAAUAUGCCUUUAUCUACCCUUUAAAUACUAAAAUACGUUUAACAAUGCUAUGUUUAAGUGGUUUUGAACUAUAUUCUCGUUGGGUGCCCCUGAUCUCGUUAUCCAUCAUGAUGAAUGGGCCUCUGUUUAUCGUCGCGGAAAGAUGCCUGAUUUCUUGUCCAUGUAUCAAAAUGUCGAUGCAAUUACAGAUCUUCCAGCCGCAUUGUGGUACGAAGAAAUCCACAAAACGUUUCCUGAUGCAAAGGUUAUUCUAUCCGUAAGAGAUAGCGAGGAAGUCUGGGUUAAGAGCUGGGUACAACACAACGACCUUUAUCUCCAUCUUAGGUUUCUUCAAUACAUAAUCUUUUGGUAUAUUGCGCCAUAUAUAGUAGGUGGUUUCGACGCAAUCUUGGCUCGUGAAAUAGAUGUGGCUGCCUACGGAAGUUUGUGCUCUGAAUCCACUGUCCUAUUCAAGAAGAAAUAUCGGGAACACAACGAGAGAGUUCAAGCUAUUAUUCCAAAGGAAAAGUUGCUGAUCUACAAUGUUAAACAAGGCUGGAAACCCCUGUGUGAAUUUCUUGGCUGUGAGAUUCCUGAACGAGAAUUUCCGAGAGAAAAUGUUGGAGACGCGCGAACCAAAAAAGGUAUAAAGUCUGAGCUACAGCUUGGGACAAUGAAGCUCUUCGUUAUCUUUGCAGCUCUUGGUUUCCUAGCAAGUGCUGUACAUCUAAUGUGGUACUGUAAUGAGUCUUUCGUGAAAGAUGUUAUUCAUCGUGGUUAAUGUCUAUAAAGGGUUUCGUUUAUCGUUUAUCUCACGAUUUUCACGUAGAUAUUGAUCGCGACGUUUGUUGCUACACGAGACAACCUCCAGCUAAGGCCAAAUGUUAAUUUCUUUUCCAUUUUUUUGUUUCGUGACCACAGAAAUGCAGUUCUUGAGGUAAGGGUUUCGUGACAAUAUUUCACGCUUGGCUUCAUGCGUCUGGAUUACUCGAGUAUAAAAUGCUAAUACAAGUAUUUUCCCAUUCCAAAUAAUCAAUUUUCGAGUUGUGUCGUUGAAAUGGAACCCUUGUCACAAUGGAGUGUGCUAAAUAGAUGUCGGAAUUCGUGACGAAAGUUAAUGUGUACCGAGAUAUAUAGAGCAGAGCAGAAUGCAAACCAAGACAUGGGGACUGGACGCUUUGUGUGACAGGAAGCUUUGUGAGAGACUUUUCUUUUCGUUUUAAUGAAAUAUUGAAGUUUUUAUUGUCAUUAUAAUGGUAAAAGAAAUUUCCUAAAUAAUAUACACGGUCUUCUAAAAAACUAAAACUACGAAAACGUCUAAAAAUUCAGCGUGCGUUCUUGUGAAAAGGGGUUCUGUUCUGAUAUCCGUGUUCUAAGCCAAGAUAUGGCACUGGCAUAAGACUCGCCGCUCUUUCGGGAAAGUUUGUCCGCUAGGUUGCUCAGGCAAAGUUUGCAUUCUUUCCACAUUCCACCGUUCGUGCCAAAAACCGGGGAAUUAAAAGAUCCCAUUUCCACGUCAAUAACUCUUUGUUGGUGCUUCCCUUUCUUCCCUUUCUCAUGUUCCACGAAGAUUAAUUCUGUGGAUUUGUUCUGGACUCCUCGUCUUACACGACAGGGCGUGGCUGACGGUGAAUAGAUCUCCACACGUGCAAUGGCUCGGCAAGUCGGCUCCUUGCAGAUGGUAACGCAAACGUAGCGAGUCCCAAACUUGUUGUUUAUUCAAUGUCAGCUCCUGCUCCUCAAGGGGUACUGUGUUGAGCCACGAGCUUGCAUCCUUGUCUCUUGCCUGCAUUGUCGACCAUCGCAAGUCCGGUUGUAGAGAUGCAUCAACAGCCUCUCUUCUCAUAUUCACCGCUGUUGUCUUUAGCGACUGCUGUUGUCGUUUCAGGUCUUCCAAAGUUUGCUCAUCCGGUGGCAUGAACGUGCUGUGCGUACAAAAAGCUGCUAUAAUAGUGUGGGGCUUCAGUUUUCAGGUCUGGUAUACCGAGACCCCCUUGUGCUGGCGGCAGGGUGAAUAGUUCUCGAAACUCAUCAGGCGUUGUGAGAGACUGGGCAUAAAAAUAUCCAACCCUCGAACCUUCAAGGGAAAUCGAAUCGAGUUGUCGGGAGCUCGAAGAAAAUAGCCGGAAGUGAAAAAAAAAAACAGUUUUUAUUGAACAGUGAACAUUUUAAUCACAUUCUUGUGUAGAAAUGUUAAGUGAAUAUUGAAUGCUACUUGUAGACUAUAAAUCAACACGGCGAAACGUAACAUAAUAUAACCUAAAUAGAGCAUGCGUUUUAACGUUUACUGUUUUACUGUAAUCGGCCUCCACUAUAUGCCAACAACACGUCAAUUUGAAUUUCAAAAACGUCUGUUUAUAUCCUAAAACCAUGCCGAGACGCAGGCCAAAGUUUUGAAGAAAGCCUUCAAAGAGGUAAGCUUGUAAAGAACUUAGAAAUAUUUUUAAUGAAUAAUAAAACAAUUGUUGAAUUCAGCUUUCGUAUGAUGUGAUCUCGAUCAGCCUAAAUUCUUCGCAUCACGACUCAGCUUCAUUCCGUAAUUGCGGGCUCAUCCCCGAAAAUCUCCAAAAUCGGUCCACAUUCUUGGGAUGUGGUAAGCUAAGCUUUCUCAUUAUUUUUUAUUGCAUAUGAACGGCCUUUGGUCAUUGAACACGGAUUGAAUAUUCGAUUGAAUAAUAACUUCGUGCAGUCAUGAUUACUUGUGUCACGCAUUGCUUGUAUCACGCAUUACUUGUGUCACGCAUUACUUGUAUCACCCGUUACUGUUUCAUUGUAACUUUGCCAGCGAAUACAGCUCUCUCUCCUCCCUCCUCACUAUUCGUAGGCUAAUUGUAUCUAAACAACUGUGAAUAAAAUCAUUGAAUUAAAUAUGAGUUUUGUUUACUGUGUUGCUCAAUUAAGUUUCCAUGCUCAUGACCCGCUCAUGACAAAACUAAAAGGGCUCUCUCUGGUUCACGUACAAAAUUAUGAAAGCGGUCCUCUUCAAUCACAUCUCUAAGGUAAACCCACAUGUUCGCCUUCACUUCCUAAUCACUGGUUACUGCUAGUUGCUAAAAAUACGUUUAAAACAUUUUCACGAAGAAAGUGACUGAUUCGCAUUUACCUCCGACUUUUGCAAUAAAUUAAUCGCGUCCCGGCGUCCUGUAUUUCACGUCCUUCACGUCUCGCAUCCUCAAGUCCCUCAUCUCGCGUCCCCGAGUGCCAACGCCAUGUACACACUUCCUAGUGUCCCCGUCCCCAUGUCUCACUCCCAUUUUUAUACACAGCCGACUUGUCACAUAUUUUAGAGCAAAAGGAAGAAUGUUACAGUCCACAAAUAAACCGGGCGUUUUGGGCAGUUUUGGCUCUUUAUAGCCAGGCAAUGGCUUGACUAGCUUAAAAAAAGCUUUUCAGCAAAACUCCCAGGAGCGAAUAUAAAACCUUGUUCUUACAUUGCGAAGCUACGCGCGCGAACCGUAGCCGUUGGAUUCUCCAAUGAACGCUACAUUUCGGAGAAUAGUAGUAAUAAGCACAGUACUCUCAGGAGCAGCAUCCCUUAAAGCGCUUAUUGUUUUAUAUGUUAUUGUUAUUCAAAUUAUUAUUUUUUGACAUUGUAAUACUGAUAUGGCUGUCUGGAAGGGGUUUUUGAACUAAAAAAAAAGAAUGAUUAGUACUGUGUUAUAAGUGAAUGACUCUCUCUGCCAGCGGAGCCAUAAGGAUUCCUUUUAACACCAGUGAGAGCCACUGCGUAAGAGAGAGCGAAACGAGAAGUUUUGAUAUCUCUUUAUGGCGAAAUUAACAUCUCUUUUGGGAAACAAACAUUUUUCUAAAAUUUCUGCUUUAUGAUUUGACAGCACUUUUGACAACCGGAGAAGUAUUCCAGUUUGUGAGUUUCUGUGAGCGGUAUCCUUAUGUGUUGGUUCAUAUACUGUCGUUCAGUUUGGCCAGCGCCAUUGGACAGGUAUGACUUACUAUAAUAUCGUUCUUCUUAUAAGCUAUUACAAAUGCCCCAUUAAUUCCAACUAAACAUGUUUAAUUAUUCCAGGUUUUAAAAAUGAAAAAAAAAAUAGUCACGGAAAACUGGAACAGAGGUUUUCACACAAGUGAAAUUCAACAUGUUUCGUAAUUUGCACUAAAUUUACGAUUAAGGGCCUGAUUACAUGGAGGUGGGGUACCCCAGAUAGGUGAGGUAACCCGCUUAGAUGGGGUAACUCACCUGUCCAUAUAAUCUCUCAUUUUAAUGUGAUCACGUUUACAUGAUAGGUGGGGUAACCCGCCACAUGUUACCUCACCUACCUGGGGUCCCCCACCUUCAUGUAAACAGGCCCUACUUAUGUCAGUAAGCAGCUUUUAUGAAGGAAUCAAUUUUAAACCGAGUUUAACUAAACAACUUUUAAUCAUGUUUGAGCUUUGGAGUGAUUGGAGCUAAAGUCAGCGAUUUAUAAAACUAAAGGGAUUCACUUGACUCUAACAGGAUUCAUAAUAAUAAUAAUGGUUUAUUAACAGAUCCACUGGGUGGCUCUUCUCUGUUAAAUUACAUUGAUUACAAUUACAAAAUAAAUCAAAUUAAGUUAUUUACAAAUUAUGCAAUAUACAAUUAAAAGUAGAAGCAGGAUUAACAGAGUCCAGUUACAGUAAAACUGACUAAUAACUCUGUACUCUGUUUCUUAAAAAUUUCCUUGAAAGUCUUAAAAAGGUUCUGUAAUCUUUACCGUUUCUAAUAGUUUCUAGUAGAUUAUUAAAUAGCUUCGACGCAUUAUAUUGGAAAGUGCCGUUUUCGGUCGGGACCACUAAUCUAAUUGAAUUGCUUGAGCGCAUUUCCUUGGGGCAUUACUGUUUUAUUAUUUAAGAUAAUCUGCUAAAGUCUUAGUGUUAUGUAGAGCUUUAAAGCAUGAUUUCGGGAGGUUCAAAUCUCUUCUCUCAUUGAUUGGAAGCCAUCCGAUUUUUAGUACAUCCCGAGAGUUCUUAACAUAGUGACCGAGUAUAAAACUUGCGGCAGCAAAUUGAACCCGUUGCAAACGGCGAAUUAAGAAUUGUAGUAGAGGGUAAAAAACCAGAUCGGCAUAAUGUAGUUUUGACGAAAUCAAUGUAUAUAGAUUUAGCCAGGGCUAAAAGCGAAGCUCUCGUUGAUAUCUAUAGUUUACUAAACAAGAUAUAAAAUCGUGUAACGCCAAGGGGCGAAGGCAACUAAAACAGCCAAAAAAAUCAGUAGGUCUAAUUAGCAAAAAAAACUUUGCACGUGCAGCAUACGUUUUUUUCUAAUUAGCAAAAAACAACUUUGCACGCUUUGUUUGUACAUUUCUGUGCCGCUGUUUUGCGCGACUACAAUGUGAAACUUCCAGAAAAUUCCUAGUUACACGUUUUAUGGAGGAAAUGUUGUAUGUGUUCCUGUUCACUUUUUUUUCGCUGUCGAUCAUUUUCACCUUGGUGACUGCUGGCAUUUCCCCUUUUUCUCACCGAGGCUAUAAGUUUUUUUUUUUUUUUUCCAACGAAAUUGUUCUCCUUUGGUUUUUGUGUCUAGCUCCAGCUCUUUCUCUGUUAUCCACGUCAACGUAAAAACUGAAAUUAAGUCGAAAGAAAGAAUUGGCUUUUGUUGUUGUUGUUUUUAUCUCUAGUUGUUUUUAUCUCUAAAAGGUCGGGAAGCUAUACGAUUUACCGCCGAAACGCGCGGGUGCUUGAAAUGCAGAAUUUCAUCCCAGCUUACAUGAAGGGGUGGACGUACGUACGGACGAUUUUCUCAGAAACAAAAUUUCUUGGAUGCACAGGUUACAUAUUUUCUUACCCAUGGUGCUCCGCUGCGCGCGCGAGAGGUCCGCUAAAAUCCUGGGUAGGCUGUGCAAUCUGUUGUGCCCAAUGGCUUGUGUUUCAACAAUCAGAUUGUUGAAUCGUUUUGUCAUUCACCACUUAAAACGAGAAAGGUACUGGAGCCGAAAUGCGUCCUGCAACGCACAGCUGUGAGGGAGCUUUAAUAAGCAAAAACGCAAGUCAACCAUAAGUAACCUUUUUACUUUGUUGGGCGGUGAUUUUGUCCAAGUUUUUGGCCAAAUCGUCUCUUUAGGGGUAAACACACUUGACAAUGAAAAUUUGUUAGCGUCAAGGCAUAUCCAAAGGGGAAAAAAGGCGUCACUUCCGGUUGACGUGCGUCGUUCAAUCACGCCGUUGCUUAAGGCCAUUUUUUGUUGUCCCCAGUAACACUCCCAGAAGUCUUUGCAAAAGUUUAUUCGGCCCAGUUCCGCUCUCGUUUAUAAAGUCAACUUUCAACUUUAUUUAAAUUUCGAACUAUAACAAAAAGUACAUUGGGACUGGCCUGCAGUUAGCGAGGCUAUUCGAGGCAGGCCAGGCUACAUAAUUUACUACAAACUAGACAAAUACAAAGAAAUUAGACAUUACAUAAGUAUAUAUAUUUUACAGUAAAUAAAUACUAUUCCACGUAAAUACAAGGAUAAUAUGAAAGUAAAAUUUAAAAAGUAAAAUAAAACGAAAAUAAAGGACAAGAGAGUUACUUUUUAAUUUUCACAAUAAUCGUAUCAAGAUCAAUAUAGGAGUCUUCAGUUUGAAGGAUAUCGAGUAGCAUUGCUUUUAGUGAUCUUUCAAAAGCUUUUUUUGUUCUUUCUUUAAGAAUUUGAGGUAUCCCAUUCCAAAUUUUGACCCCAACACGCGAAAAAGCAUUUCGUUUGACAUUGAAGUCAAAGUGCCGAAUCAGCAACUCGCACUCUACAUGCUAGCUUAUUUGGUAGCGUUCUUCUAUUCUGCGGUGCGAGCCGAGAAGGGCUCAGUCGUAUUUGGAUGUCUCUAAUGGAGAUUGUUUCGCAGUCUUUUGAUUCCUUUUUUUCCUUGGGAUUCAGUGAGAUUUUUCUUGUGUCACUACACAAGAUCUUUAGAACAGUUUUCCGAAAUUCACGAAUCUUGAGGGCAUAAAUGACGAAAUUCGCGAACGAAUUACUGUAUUGUAAGAACUUGGCAAAGUAAGUUAGAUGGAGAACGUAGCACGAGUGGCAAAACAUGAUGAUGAGGUUCAUGAUGUAGAAGGGAACCCAGGUCAGAACGAACACAAGAGUAAUGAUCGAAAGUGUCACGGCAAGUUUCUUCUCCUGCACUGUGGUAUUCCUGUGGUGGAUGUUCACAGGCUUCCUAAUCUUCAGCCAAAUCAUGACGUAGGCAAGACUGAUGAGAAGCAGCGAGGUGAAUAUACAGACCAUCAUAGAGUAGUUAAAUGCAUCUCUCAAUACCGUUUUGCUAGUGAAAUUUCUUAUAACACGGAGACUCGCCAUGCCGGCGGCAACAAACCAAACCAAAGCGAUUUCGCACAAGUAGGUUUUUUUUGUGAUAGUUUUGUGCUUAUGAGGGCGUAACACUGAGUAGGCUCGGUCUAACGCGAUUGCAACGAGGGCAAAAAUGGACGCGAAGGCCGUGAAAGCAUCUAUGGGCAGAUAGAUUUCUUUAAACGGGAACCGUUCUUCUUCUUGAAAGUCAAAAAACAGCAUUUCUGCCACGAGCAGCGGGAUAGAGAAUGCUCCUACCAUAAAAUCCGCAACUCCCAGGCUCACCAAGAAGUAAUUAGUGCGGGCGCUUGCCAGUUUUUUGUUAAUGCUGAACGCUGCAAUUGUCAAGGAAUUGCCCACCAUGACUGCUAAUGACACUAUAGCGUACGAUAUGGCCCAGCCAAGCAGGCCUGGGUACAGUCCUCCGUCUUGUUCGGUUCCAGUUUUUGAUCCGUUGUCUGUUACAUUUUUGGAAAUCAUCGUGAGAGAUCACAGGUGUAGAGAAAGCGAGACACAAAUGCCGACUUCGCUUCCGCUCACAUCCGGUAAAUUGUUACCUGAAAAACAAAUGGUAGAUUUUUUUCAAAUUUAAUACCAAAAACUAUGGUGGCCCACAACUGUCACGGCAAAACCGAAAACCUCAAGGCAAAAACAAAAACCUCACGGCAGAACCAGGUUUGAGGUUUUCGGUGUUGCCGUGAGGUAUUUUGUUUUUGCCGUGAGGUUUUUGGUUUUGCCGUGAGGUUUUCGGUGUUGCCGUGAGGUAUUUUGUUUUUGCCGUGAGGUUUUUGGUUUUGCCGUGAGGUUUUUGGUUUUGCCGUGACAGUUGUGAGCCACGGUAAAAAACAAGUACAAAAUCAAACAUUAUAAAAGCUCAAAACAUUAGGAGGCCUAGAGCGAGUACACCAGUUUUUAUUUGAAUGGCCUCAGGUCAGAGAUUUAUCAGCGGAUGCGAAAGAUGGAACCUCCUUGUGCAGCCAAAUAAACAGCAGAAUGACAAAAUUUGUUGUCUCUACUAAAAAUCGGUACAAAAUUUUUUUUUUAUAAGAUUUGCUUUAGAAAAUACAUCCGCUCCUAAAACCAGUAAUUUUUUAAACAACGCGUGUCAGUCUAGAAUUGAAUACAUUUUUCUGCGUUAAAAUUGAGCGAACAACUUUUGGCGCGUCCGAGGCGCGUUCAAAAAUUGAUUAAUUGUUUUUGCUUUGUUUAGUUUUUUCGACUAAAAUUUUGCGACCCUCAAAGCAGGACAAAGGCGCUUUUUAAAACAAAUUUGGUAGGAACUACAUCCAACCUAUUAAACGCUCCUUUUGGCGUAAACUUCUUCUAAGUUUAUAAAACACAGUGCGUAUGUGACCGGUAAAUUUCCCAAGAAUGGCCACGUCUCCUAAGUCUUAAAAACGGUCAAAUCAGUUUUAGCUCGAUCCUUAACAUGACAGUAAACAUGACUGAGAAUGAUCACACUGCCAAGCGUCAUGCGCCCACUAAAGUCGUAAAACCACAUUGAUCCCUGGUACGAUUUUUCUAGUAUUCAAUUUCCUUUCAGACCUACCAAAUGCAUUAAACUGUUUAAAUAACGCCCCUUAAAAUCAGCGACAGUCCAGAAAGCUUUCCUUAUCAAUUUUCUUUCACUUGGUAGUGUAAAGAAAAAAAAAAGAAAAAUGUCAUCUUUUCUAUCUUAUUUACCAAGGAAGACUUUCUAGCAUACUGAUACAAUAUGAAUCUGAACGUUAAAGCUGCAGAUUGGACUAGUUUACAGGUGUCAUUGAAGUGGUGUAUGUGGUGAUUUGAAAUGUUUUAAAAACGUAGAGUUUUUGUUAUUGAAAAUUAAUAUGGUACACUUGUUCAUGUGUAAGUUUUACAUUGGAGCGGCUUCUUCGGUAUGAAUUCAGUAGACUUGUUAAUAAAAAAUGUAGAUGAAUAAAGUUUCAGGUAGUUUAGUGUCUAUACAUUUGCUCCUUUAUUUGUCAACAGCUUUGUCAUUUUUGUCUGUGUUUGUCUGAGUGCUUUUAAAGCAGACAAGUCGUUAAACUGGGCGGCGUUUUUUUUUUCUCAAAAUUGCGCAGUGUCGAAGUUUUUUUGUUGUCUUGUCCUUCUUGAAUGUCGUUUCAUUUUAUUCAAAUUACAUCUUAUUUACUUUUGCGUUAAUUUCCAACAUAGGAUGUCUUCAACGUUUGCUAACCAAAUUACACCUUGGUGUGAAGUAAAAACGAUAGAUCAACACCAGCAGUUUAACAGAAUACGGAAUGACAUCAGAAAUACAGCGCCGGUUAGCUUGUGUGCAUAAAUUUCAGUCACAGUGUUUUCUCGCUUCUUUUAAAUUUUGUUACAUGUUUGUCAUGCCUCUGUCCUUUGCCAUAGGUUUUUCUUAUCUGCUGGGGCAAAAAUUUCCGUCUUCUGUAAAAACCAUUUUUAUUAUUUCUUUGGUAGCUCGGAAAUGGCUUAUGUAAUUUGAAGGUAAAGUGUUUUCUUUUAAUGUUUAGUUUCUACAAACCCUGUUUUCGUUUCCUCGAUAAUUGCUCCAUUUCAGCAACGUCCUGACAUGAUAUGUUGUUUCUCUGGCAUUAUCAUAUUUAAAGGUUAAAAGAUAAGCAAUAGUACCAAAACCAAAAUAUGUUCUAUUUAAACUCUCGCAAUGUUAAUUGUUGCAGUUUUUCGUGUCCUUUUCGCCACCUUCGCGCAGUUUUCUGACCAAAAUAAUAAAAAUUUUCAAAAUGAAUUUUUUUUUGUUUUUUUACCAAAGUGGAUUUAAUAAUGUGCGCAAGCUUGCCCUUUUUUCCUAUAAUUGCAACGCAUUGUUCAUUUUAUAUUAUGGUUGAGAAGAAGUUAAAAUUUUAUUGAUGUCAUUUACCGGUAGCGUUUUCUGCAUCAGAAAUCUAAUUCUUAUUCUAAGAAACAGCUUUCUUCGUUUUGUUUGUUUAGCAAAACCUAUGGCUUCAUAACUUCAACGAGCAAAUUCAAGUUCUGUUUUCUUGAGGUCGUUUUUAUCUUGUCAUUCAAUUGCCCUGUGCCCGCGUUUUAUCUUUGUCACGGAAACUUGUAAUAGCCGGAAUGAAUUUGGAAUUUUUUUAAAAUCCCAACUUACCUUUGAGUUCGAUUUCAGUGCAAUGUAUUCUUUGUAUUUUCUUAAUCGUGUAUAUUCUCUCUAUGAAGUGAACUUCAUCUAGCACAGUGUUCACAUAAUGCAUGUACUAACCGUUUGUGUAAGAGUUAAAGACCUGUAGAUGGUCUGGUGGCAGAUUUCCCUCUUAACGCCAGCACCUUCAGCUUUGAACAACACUUUCUUCGAGUUAUUUCCUGUCUUUUGACCAAUAGAAUUUCACCAGUCCUUAAUCGUGACGACUAAUUUGGGUUUAUUCUGCAAAUAAGGGUAGCGACAGUCAAGAAAUCGAUCGGAUUAUCAUUUUCCUCUUUGUAUUAUUUUUUUAGCCUUGGGAUGAAAACCUUGAGACUGAAAACCAUUGUAUUCACUUCAGACAAAAGAUAGGGAAAUAUAUCGGGAAAUUUUCUUUUAAUUGCUUUGGAGAUUAAAAUAAAAGAUAUAUCCUUUCGUUACGACUUAAAUAGUUCCGCAGGUCUUUUGCCAAUUGUCGCUUUUCAGUCAUUCUAUCAUGUUUUCUGCUCAGCUAGAUCAUGCGAUUAUUUUUCUUUUUGACUUUUCGUCACUUCUGAGGACGUAGCAUUUGAAUGAUUUUCUUGUAUUUAUAUCUGACUUCACCUGCCACUAUGAUCUGUUUUACUGAACGUUUCAUUUAGCAUGGGUUCCUUUUUGUUAAGCAAACAUGGUAUGAUAAUGUCCCUUCUCCGAAUUUAAAGUAUUUUUUGUUGUCUUGAAAGAGUUGAUUAUUACUGAAUUUUGAGGAGUUGAGUUAGUUAUUCCAGCCUCAAGCGAGCUUGUCAUAAAGAUGACAUCUCGUGUUGGCAAACUACACGUUUCGCCGGUUUUGCUGCAUGCACAGUUUUGGCGGAAAAAACAGAAACAUUGUUACGAAAAUGUAUCUCCUGAUUCCCAACUAACAGAACCAAGACCCGCUUAAAUCGUUGUACAUCAAGAGGAGAAAACAUUUAGGUUCUUGUCAGAAUGUAUGAAGUACUUAUUCAGUGCAACUUUGCAAAUGAAUGUAGUUUUUUUUUUCCUGCGAUGUUUACUGUAGUGUUUAAGGCGACUCACCGCUUAUUAUGCUUGUUAUAGUAUGAUCUUUUAUAUGAAAGCUGCUGAACCUCACUAUACGCUUUUAGUUUUUUCUAAGUAAGACCUGCAUGCUGACUUUGUACUUUGCGAAGGUGGGCUAAAAAUUAGUCAUGUACUAAAACCGAUCUUGACUGAAACAGGCGCAGCGAAUGGCGCAAUAAUCAAUCAUAACUCAUAAUUUAAGCCUGAGGAAAAUCACCUGUUAACUGGAUUUAAUAACUUCCAUAAACCCGAAGAUGUCGAGGAUCACUUUUUCAUUAUUAUUAAGGUCGCGUUUCGUGGCAGAACGGCUUUGUCUUUGCCCUCUCAAUUUAGACUCACACCUUGAGUAGUGGACUCAUUUCGAUAGAAUAAGCGUCCUAUCAAAACGAGGCUUCGAAUAACAGCAAACGUCAUCACUGAUUUAAGGGAUCCGAAUGGGCUCCGAAAGCUCUGCGUAUCUUUCAACAAAUUGUUGCUGUUGAAGAAUUAUUUUUGAAAAAUAUAACGCCCCAACAGCGGAAUCUUUACUCUGCCAAGCGUCAGACUAUGUUUUGUCACGUUUAUUGCAACUUUCAAAUAAGUCUCGCAGUUGUGAUAAUAACUUCUGUUAGUGAAACGGUUAGACUUUCUAUGACAGAGCUACUCGGUUUUUUUUUUCGAAGCGCAGAUCUCCAAAAUGACAGUCUAAAAAUAUAUUUUGUUUUUACAACCACGAGAAUAAAAUUGAUUUUACAAACGAGGAAAUUUCUUCGUUUGGACGCCCUGAUAUGAUAUCAGUAGUAUAACGCUCCUAUGCGGCGCCUUCCUGCCCGCCACGGAUAAGAUGAGAUAGAUAGGGAAAUAAGUGCUACAUUCAUCAACAACAACAACAUAAACUUUGUUUUCACUCGAAUUUUGAAGUAGCUAGCGAGCUAAUAGACACCUUAAGAUCGAGGUUGGUCAUGUUACUGGAAACGACAAACUGCGGUUCGCGGUUAACGGUUUCACGUUACCCGUCUGCCCAAUGUUUGGGACUUAAGAUUCGCGGAUGGUAGCUUGCGGCUACCAUGUUUGUUUUCAUUCAUCCACCUACUUCUAUUUUAACUGAGAAAUUGUCUUCAAAAGAACGGUUUUUUUAAUAGAAUUCGAUAAUCAAUAAGCAAAAGAGUUCUAAAAAGGCGUAUUUCUUCUCAAACGUAGGAUUGUGAUGUUUUAGGAUGCAAAAAAACCUUGCGGUAAAUCACUUACCUCUGGAGCGUGGUCUUGCCGAACAAAAGUGAAGCUCAAACCGCAAACCUGACGGCAAGGCCUUGCUCACGUGAUUUCCUGACGUUCGCGAUUCGUGGGAAAUGGCGUAAAACCUCAAUCUUAAGUUCUCUAUUAUCCGGCUUCGAGUUGACACCACGUAAAAAUACAUUAAAUACAUUUACGAGUCCACAGUUAAAAGAAACUAAUAUUUACAAUUUUAAGUAUAAGUAUAUAAAAGCAAAAAGAAUCUACUUAAAGGUAACACCCUGUAUUUUAGUCUUAAAAUUGGCAAAAAAAACAAGUGCGAAAAAGAGUCAGGGAGUGCAUUCCACUGUUUAUUAUAGCUGAAAAGUAAGAAAAGGAGUUAAGACCAUAGGUAGUUGUCUUAGCUUUACUUAGUGAUAGAAUGUAGUUGCUACAGUCAACAGCAGCACGACGUUUGUAACUGGCCUUGCUUAUUCGUAAGGUCAAAAUGAUCGGCCAAUGCGUCGUGUUAUUCGGUCACGGAACAGACGGACUAAAGCAAAGUCACUGCAAGCCCCUGCAGUACUUGAGUUUAUGCUCUUAUACGUGAUCCGUAGUUAUCUAGCCUUAUCGACUCAAAAUUCUCAGAUAAAAAAUAUGGCUUCUUAAAGGAUUGUUAAUUACUGGAGCCUUCUUUAUUUUCUCGACUUUUUCAUUUUCUCUCACAUUUGCGCCGUUUUCGGUUAACACUUGUUUUUUCUGUCACUACUUAUGGUGACAGUUUUGUAAUACGCCGUUUACCAAUAGUAAAAAAAUGUGGGAGAGAAAGAAAAAGUUUGAACAAAUAUAGGGAUGAUUUAAUUCAUAUUAAUGUAGUUGAUGAUGAAGUUUCAAAAAUCGCUUUGUAGCAGCAACCUCAUCACCGAAAUGAGGCUGCAAUUAUCAUUCAGAAUCACUGCAAAAGACCUCUGAUGAAUUUUCUAAAUUUGUUGAUGUUCGAAGAAAUUUCGUUUUUUCUCUUUUAGUAUGUCCCAUAUGAAGAAUCUUCAUUCCCUAAUGUUUUUUUUUUAUUAUUUUUGUUUCAGAAUUUUAUCUUCAUGACCGUUGCUAACUUUGGUCCCCUGACCUGUUCCAUCAUCACAACCACUCGGAAGUUCUUUACCAUCCUUGGCUCUGUGUUGCUGUUUGGAAAUUCACUGAUCGCUCGCCAAUGGUUUGGUGUCAUUUGCGUUUUUGCUGGACUUACACUCGACAGUAUUUAUGGCAAAGGAAAGAAAAAAAUGUAAAGGAAGUUAGUAAUACGAUUAAAAAUCGCUUAUUUUAACUUUCACUACAUUAAAAUUGUUUUAAAUGUCAAAAAAUCUCGUUAAACAAUUUUAUAGAGAUAAAUUAAUUCACAAAAUUUUGUCUUAAACGGCUUUAAACAGGAGCCUACUAGCCUGUACUGCUGGUGGCUUCGUCGGAGCACGAUAAAAGAAGUACGUAUUCGCGAGAGACAUAGCGGUAGAGCGGCUCCGCCACGAAUUUGUUUUAAACGCGCUCCGACGAAACUGCUAAGUGCCGGCUAGAAGCCCACAAUCCUCAGCGUGUAGAGGUAGUAAAUGUGCAAUACACGUCUUCUUUGUAAAUUUUCGAUUGUUUUAGCCAUUAUUUAUUUUAGAGGUUUCCAACCUCUAACACUUUGUCCCUGAAGUCACAAAAGCGAAAAGAGCCGAACGUUAUACAUAUUAAAAAACUAAUUGCAGAGAUUGCGAAUGGAGCAGCUGUUUAAGCAGAAAAUGCUGUUCAUUCGGCACCUGACCUUGUCCAAAUUCAAACGUAAAUAACUUAUUCAGCGAAUGGAAAGUGCCUGUUGACUCCAGUUUCCACGCCAUCUAGCGUCAUCUUCGAAGUUUCUCCUCAUCUUUCUUGAGAUUUCACUCACGAUAACGUGAAAACACGAUUAGGGAUUUGUGGAACAGUUGUUGAACCACUUUUUUGCCAUAUGCUCUGACGAGCGGCACCAAAUAUUUCCUGAUCAACCAUUUUCAAACGCUUCGAUCUUCGCGAAAAAGUGUUAAAGUUUUCGCUCAGGAGACCUUAGUAGAUUGGGACCUGGAAACAAGUACUUUCAGCCAAAACUCUGUCGCCAAGAGUUUCCAUGUCGCUAGAAAUCGUGGCAUUUCUUCGAAUCGAAUUUACUGUUGCCGUAUUUACUCGAAUAAGCGUCGCCCUCAAAUAAACGCCGCUGCCCUGAUAUAGUCGAAGUCAAGAGAUGUUAAUUCUGUUAGUUUGAUAGAGUUUAAUACGGAAAAUAGUAAUUCCGUGGUUAAUACAAUUUUUCCUAAUAAGCGCUGCCCUCGAAUAAGCGCCGCGCCCGCGGAAUGAUAACUUACAUAAGCGGAGCGGCGCUUAUUCGAGUAAAUACAGUACUCUACUUCAUUUUAUUAGCCUCCAUGAAGAGAAAAUAAUCACGGAAUACUUUUAGUUUGAGAAUGAGGAUUCGUCAUUCGUCAAAAGGAUAUAUGUAUGUAUUAAACAUACGAACAAUCACGAGAGUCAAGUGAGGAUUUCUCCUCCCCCACCCCCCUCCCUUCCCCUGACGAGCGGAGCCUCCUUUCGUCUUGCUGGAAGAGGAGAAGAAAAGGAGGGAGAUUCUGCCUGAAUCUCGUAAAGUCUUUGAAGUCACCGCAGCCCGAAUUUCUGGGCUAGUCAAUAUUGUUUUAUCCCGUCAAACCAUUGUCAAACUGUUUUUUUAUUUUUCAAGUGC